GUUUUUACGCUAGCUAUGUGACACAUUUGGAACAUUACUCUAUUAAUCCUCUGUUUUAACUAUCAAUUUGUCUUGAUCUAAUGCUGGCUUCAAUUCUAGUUGAUGUCCUUUACUUUCUGUAUCAAAUAUAACCGUACACACUAUUACUGACACUCCUCAGUACAAAAGGUACCUCUUGUCUAAACACAGACUAAACAAAUACUGAGGUUACAGUUACAAAACAUGUCUCGUGAAAUCGAUGACUCACUAUACAGCCGACAAAGAUGUGUUUUGGGAGAAAAUGCUAUGAAGAAAAUGUGUGAAUCUAGAGUAUUUUUGUAUGGACUUGGAGGUGUUGGAAUAGAAAUCGCAAAAAAUCUAAUUCUAGCUGGAGUUGGCGAAAUUCUAAUUCAGGAUCAUUCUUUAUGUUCUAGACAAGAUUUAGGCACUCAGUUUUAUGUGGAUGAAUGCAGUGUUAAAUGCUCGAAGACUAGAGCUGAAGCGAGUCUUGAUCAUUUAACGGCUUUAAAUCCUUAUGUUCGUGUAACUUUAGUGAUGGGAAAUGUAACAGAUAUUCGUUACCCUCUCUCUGAUCCUGCCAAUAGAACUAUUCUGAAACCAUUAAUUGACGAAGAAUCAUCCAAGAAAGUUGAUUGCCUGGUACUUACACAAUGUUCAUUGCAAAAAUCUACAUUGUUAAAUCUAUUCUGUCGAUCAAAUGAUAUCAAAUUUAUCUAUACAGAUGUAUAUGGUGUAUUCGGAAAUUUAUUUUGUGAUUUUGGCUCUAAUUUCACUGUUUUAAUGCCAAAUGAUGAACCAUGUAGAGAAUUUUUUAUUGGAAAUAUUCAAAAGAUAAACGAUAAAGAAUUAUCAGUCAAAGUACUUGGUGAUAAUCGUCAUCGCCUAGAAAAUGAUGAUAUCAUUCGACUCACUGGACUUAACAAUGUACCAGAGCUUAAUGAAAAGGAAUUUUCUAUCCAAGUAAAAUCACCUACAGAAUUGAUUAUUAAUGCAUCGAUGAACGAUAACCAAUUUUCCUAUUCAAAUGGUGGCGUUGCGAUUCAAGUUAAAAAACCACAAGUGAACACUUUUAAAACUAUGCUUGAACAAAUUGAAGAACCCAAUAUCAUGUGUGUAGAUUUCAGUGAACCUGAGGAAAGUUAUUUGUUACAUUUAACUUAUUUAACAUUGAUGAAAUUCAAUUUAGAAACUGGUCGUUAUCCUAAACCAUGGGAUGAAGAUGACUGGGUUUCAUUUCGUAAUCAAAUGUUCACAUUACAAAAGUUACACGCAUCAAAUCCAAUUAAAAUGAAUGAAUCAUUGGCUAAACGUUUAGUUUUCGCCAGUCAAGGUCAAUUAGCACCAUUAUGUGCUAUUUUUGGUGGAAUUGCUGCACAAGAAGCCAUGAAAGCGAUCACAUUCACAUUUACACCGAUUAAUCAAUGGCUGUAUUUACAUUGUGCUCCGAUUGUACCAUUGAAAAUGAAUAGUAAAUCAAGUGAAUUUCAAAAUUAUCUGUCAAGUCGUUAUGCUGCUUUAGUUCAAUGUGUCGGUGUUUCAAAUCUUCGAAAAAUUCAUAAUUUAAGUGUUUUCAUGGUUGGUUGUGGUGCAAUUGGUUGUGAAUUAUUAAAAAAUUUAGCAUUGUUAGGUGUAGCCACUGCUGGAUCAAAUGUCCAUAAUGUUGAUGAUGAUGUUGUCAGUCAGCAGCAGCAACAACAACACCAACACCAACCAGAGCAAUCCAAUGGCCAACCAAUCAACAACAACUCCGGACAAAUCGAAUCCAUCUGUUCAACAAUGAUCAAUAAUCGUUGUCCAACUAUUCUUGUCACUGAUCCAGAUCAUAUUGAAAAAUCUAAUUUAAAUAGACAAUUUCUAUUUCAAUCUUGUCAUAUUGGCUUGUCAAAAAGUCAAAUAGCAUGUGAUAUAGUGAAAAGGAUGAAUCCCAAUUUGUCGAUCAAAUCAAUGUCUGAUAAAUUUUGUCCAACUACUGAAAAAUCGAUUUUCACUGAUGAAUUUCUAUUACAAGCCAUCAAAUGUACCACUAUUAAACAACAAAUCAAGAAAUCCACUUCAGCGCAAAUUACUUCACAUCAACCAGGUAUUAUAUUAGCUGCUUUAGACUGUAUCGCAACACGUCGUUAUUUAGAUCGACGUUGUGUUACUCUACAUUUACCAUUCAUCGAAUCUGGUACAUUAGGUACAAAAGGUCAUGUACAAGUUGUUUUACCUCAUCUCACUGAAUCAUACAAUAGUCAAUUAGAUAAUGAUGAUGAUAGUAACCCUUUAUUGAACAACAACAACAACAAUGAUGGCGGUGGCGGCAACAAUCAUUUGAAUUCAAUUCCAUAUUGUACAUUGAAAUCAUUUCCUACUUUACCAGUGCAUUGUAUUGAAUGGGCACGUGAAAAAUUCGCUAGUCAAUUCACAUUGAAACCAAUGAAAUUACAAACAUUUUUACAAGCUUGGAGUAUUGAACACUGCCAACAAUCUGUCGACAAUCAGCCUCACUGUCAUAAUAAUAAUAAUAAUAAUAAUAAUAAUAAUAAUAAUAAUAAUAAUAAUGGACACAAUUCACAACAGCACCAAAAAACACAUCAAUUGAUAUCAGAUUUAACAUUUUUACUCAAUCUAUGCAACGAAACGAAGCAUGAUACUCCGACCAGUACUACUGCUACACAUACUACUAAUAAUAAUCAUAGUAGUAGUAGUAGUAGUAACGUGAUCAUCACAUCAGAAUUAUACGGAAAUGAUAGAAUAUUGAUGAAAUAUUGGAUUGAACGCAUAAAUUCAUUGCAUGAUCAAUUCCAACCAACUCUUGGUCGAUUUUUAUGCUCACGUCCAUGUACAUGGCAUCAAUGUCUGCUAUUGGCUCGUGAUAAAUUUCAACAUUAUUUUAAUCAUAAAGCUCGUCAAUUAUUACAUACUUUCCCAAUUGAUACCAAAUUAUCUGAUGGAACAUUAUUUUGGCAAUUCCCCAAACGUCCACCGAAACCAAUUGAAUUCUCUAUUACAGAUCCUUUACAUCAGCUAUUUGUCAUCAGUUAUGCACGUCUUUUAGCUGCACAAUUAUCAAUCACAAUACCAUCAUCACAAUUGUAUUUCACUUCGUCAACCACUGCCGCCCCGUCUACACCAGAUAUUUUCAAUCAUUUAAACUAUGGAUCAAUGGAAGUAGUGAAUUAUCUUCAAGAAAUAUUUGUAAAUUAUUCUCCUCCAGUAUUUACUCCAUCCAACAAACACAUUGUAAUUGAUGAGAAUGAAAUGAAACCUCAACAGACAACCACCACUACCACCUUCAAUUGGACGCCAACAAUGUCGUCCUCGUCAAAAGAUCAUAAUGAUUCGACUGUUCAGUCAAUGAAAACAAUCAUUUUCAAUAACUGCGCACUCAAUGAAGCUGAUGAGAAUGUUGAUGUGACAAUGAAAGAAAUUUGUUUAAAUGAAUCAUUUUUAAAAAUGUGUAAAACAAUCUUGGACAGUUUAAAUGAAUCAGAGAAAUUUAAAGCAAUUUCUUCAUGUCAAUCAGUAACUUUUGAAAAAGAUAACGAUAACUUGGCACAUGUCGAUUUCGUUAUGUCAGCUGCAAAUUUACGUGCUACCAUGUAUAAUCUACCAAUUACACCACGUCAUAUUGUUAAACGUAUCGCUGGACGAAUAGUACCAGCUAUAGCGACAACAACUGCUACUGUCGCUGGAUUAGUCUGUUUAGAAUUGUUGAAAUAUGUCGUGAUCAACAACAAUCCCCACGGCGAUGAUGAUGACGAUGAUGUUGACGUUAGUUCUGAGAAUCAACCAACUAAAACAAUCACCACCAUCAAUCAGUGUGAACAACGCGUAACAACAACUUAUUUACAGCAUAAAAAUAGUUUUUUAAAUUUAGCUCUACCAAUGAUGGUGUUUAGUGAACCAGGACUGUGUAGAAGAACACGUUUACCAAAUGGAAAAUUCUUCACUUUAUGGGAUUGUUGGCAUAUUCAACCAUGUAAACCAAUUGAUCAAUAUCGAUUAGUGGAUUUUAUUGAUCAAAUUAAAAAUGAUUACAAUCUUACGGCUAGUUUAAUUACUCAAGGCAAUCGAAUGGUGUAUAUGCGUCAUUUUCCAAUGCAUAAAUCACGUUUAAAUGAAAUUUUCAUCAAUCUAUUGAAUUAUUCUCGAACAACUGGUGAUGAUGAUGAUGAUGAUGAUGCCGACGACGACGAUUACAUCGACUUGAUGGUCGCUUAUGAAUAUGAUCAAAUCGAUCGAAACACAAAUGUUCAUAACAAUAAUAAGGAUUGUAUUCAAGGUCCUACAAUACGUUUUCAUGUAUAACUACCAUUGGUUAUUCUCCUCUUCUUUCUUUCUGGACUAUAGAAAAUAAAAAAGCCAAAAUACUCUAUGGAUGAUGUAUUUGACGAUUCUCUCUAUUUCUAUCAUGUCUGUGCAACAAUACACACUACUCUCAUGUAAUUCAUCUUAGUAGUACGUACUGGCGUGUGUGUUUGUGUGUGUGUGACGGUGCGCUUGUACAUGUAAUUUUGGUUUUUCAUCUCAGCUGACUUCUUUUGGUCGUAGUGGAAGUAGUAGUAGUAGUACACAUAUACACCAGUUGACAUGAUUUAAUUGUUCCAGUGUUGAUUGUUUCUUUUUUUCUCUCUAAAUGACAUAUGUAAGUUGAGAUGAAUUUAUUUUGUCUAGGUAAAAAUGCCACACCCUAAAUGCAAAAAAUGAUGACAUUCCUUCAUUUAUAUUUCCUCUCUGUCUGUGUACAUCUCUCUCUCUCUCUUAAUGAAUGAUGAUUGUGAUAAAUAUUUCUAUGCAAAAGUAAAAUUUAAAAUUCUGAUUCAUAAUGUCUGUGGAUUUGCAUCAGAAAUUAAACAAAAAAACAAAAUAUGAUCCAUUCGAAUAGUGCGCUUGACAAAAAAUGUCGACCUCGAUUCAUUCAUUUAAACAAUGAAAUCAAAUAUUGAUCAUUGAUCAAACAACGCAAACAACACAAUGGGAUCGCAACAUGACUCAUAUAAUCAGUUAUGGAUAAUUAAUCUAAAUGUAUUCACCAUAUCGUCGUCUAUAUUGAACACAUUGAAUGUUUUAUGAGUAUAAAGUUUUCUUGUUCUAUUAUUAGUAAUGUACAUAGUGUACUAACAGAUUCUCAUGCUACUUAAAUGGAUUGAUUACUCUGACUUGACAAAUCAGAAUUGUACACAUGUGAAUCAGUGUUUGUUUGUUUGUUUCAAUAUUGAACACGUGUUUAUUUGCACUUGGUUUUUUUCUUCAAUUUUUCUGUCUUGUAUUUUGUACACCUCAUGUGUACACAUGAGGUGUACGUACACACAACAUGAUGUUGUUAUUUGAUUGGCUUACAUAAAUAAUCUCAUGAAAAUAUUUUGUGUGUGUAAUUUCGGCAAUGAGUGAUGUGAACUGUGAUUAGCCGUUGAACAUGGGGACAAACAAGGGAUCAUUGAGUCUACAUACAGACGAACUACUGAACAUGUGAUUUUUUUCUCUUCUGUUAAUGCAUUGUGUAUGGACGAUUGUAGUUGUAUGGAAUAAAAUAUUGUUUUCUGUUUUCACAUA